AUGCGAGCCCACUUCAUUAAUUUUUUCCGAAAGGAUGGUGGUCCUAGGCCGUGGUUCUCCAACAUAAAAUUAAACAAGGUGUCAGAUGCACAAAAGCAUUUUUUGGAAGCUGAUUUUACAGUGGAGGAAAUAUGGGAUGUGGUGAAAACUUUUGAUGGAAAUAGAGCCCCGAGACCUGAUGGUUUCAGGCGGCUAGUAAGGGGAUUAAAUCCUACUUUUAUAGCUCUUAUUCCUAAAGGGGGUCAACAAGAGCAAAUAUCAGACUACAGGCCAAUCAGCUUAAUUGGAAGUAUUUAUAAAUUGUUGUCAAAAGUCCUUUCUGUGCGUCUGAGUUCGGUGCUGCCAUGUUUGUUAAGUCAGAAUCAAUUCGCUUUCACAGCAGGCCUCCAGAUUGCAGAUUGCUCUUUAAUUGCUAAUGAAAUUGUUCACACCAUGGCUUCAAGGCCAGAAGGAGGUUUGUUAUUUAAAAUUUAUUUUGCAAAAGCUUAUGAUAAUGUUGAAUGGGAUUUUAUGCUGGAGCUUCUGCAGGAAAUGGGUUUUGGGAAAAAAUGGAUUAGUUGGAUGCAGGUUUGUGUUUCUACAGCUUCUUUGGCGGUCCUGGUUAAUGGCUCGCCUUCUGAUUUUUUCAAUAUUCAGAAGGGAUUGCGUCAGGGUGACUCCCUCUCACCUUUACUAUUUAAUAUUGUGGCAAAUGGGAUGUCUUGCAUGCUUAAUCAGCUACUAGAAGGGGAUGCACCAUGUGGAGUGGAAUUGGUGCCGGGGUUCCGCAUAAAUCAUUUACAGUUUGCAGAUGAUUCUUUGCUGUUUUCUAACUGUGAUGAGUUUCAGUUCCAGACUUUGUCUAUGGCAAUUGAAGCUUAUUUAUACAGUUCAGGUUUGAAAGUAAAUUUUAAUAAAUCAGCGGUGUACGGGGUGAAUGCUCAUCCUUCUUUGGUUCAGCAAGCUGCAUCUUGGUGGAAUUUUAAAAUAGGUACACUACCUUUCAUUUAUCUUGGGUCUCCAUUGGGUGGUAAUCCUAGAAGAUUGUCUUUCUGGAAUCCGGUGCUGGAAAAUAUGACUGCAAAACUGGGCUUAUGGAGUUCCCGCUUUUUGUCUUUAAGUGGGCGAUUAGUAUUGAUAAAAUCUGUUAUGAAUGCUAUUCCAUUGUACUAUAUGGCUCUUUACAAAGCUCCAAAGGGGAUAAUUCAACGGAUAGAGAAGAUUAUGCGUCGUUUCUUAUGGGGAGGCCCUUCCGGUGAAAAUAAAAUCAUGUGGGUAGCAUGGGAAGAUUUAUGCAAGGGUACUCGGUUUGGAGGAUUAGGAGUUGGUUUCCUUGAGUGGAAAAAUAAGGAUAUGCUUUUGAAGUGGGUGUGGCGGUUUGGAAGGGAGGGAGAUGCACUAUGGAGGGAGGUGGUUUGUAAAAAAUAUGGCUUACCACUACAGCUGAUAUCUUUUAAUGUUGAUCCUGCUGAUGUGAAAAAAUUAUCUAAGCCUUUGGCAGAUGUGUAUGGCAUUUGGCGUGAUAGUGGGCUAGUGGGAAAUGUUUUUAGGGAUGGGAUAGCUUGCCAUAUAGGGAGGGGGAGUGGUGUAUUUUUCCGGUUGGAUAUGUGGGUAGGCUCUGUGCCUUUUCGAGUGGCUUUCCCUCGGGUGUUUGCUUUGGCAGUAAAUAAAAGGGCAUUGGUGUGGGAGUGUGGCACGGUUGUAGGUCCUCAGUGGGGGGAGACAGCGGAUACAGAUUUGCUCAUUUGGAAACAUGAUAAUAUGAGACUAUACAGUGUUAAGUCUAUGUGUGCAGUAGUGGAAGCUCGGUGGUUCACUGAGGAGGGAUGGUAUGUCCCUCAAUUCUUGAAGCCUAUUUUACCUUCAAAAAUUGCUUUAUUUUUGUGGCAGAGACGGUGGCUCAUCUUUUUUUGCAUUGUCCCCGGAUUUGGAUGCUAUGGACAGCUGUGUUACAGAGGGAGGGCACUACGUGGUUCUGCUCCAGAAUUAGUUUCAACAUUGCUGGCUGAAUGGAGCCUGUUACGCAAAAAUACCUCAAGAAUUUUGUGGGAGUUGAUUCCUUAUGCAUUGUGCUGGGAGAUAUGGAUGGCUCGGAAUAAUGUGAUUUUCCAUGAAAAACUUUUUGAUGCAAAAGCCAUUUGGGAGUCUCAUGUAUUUUUAUUAUUUACUUGGAUAAGAGCUUGGUGGCAAGAUUGUCCUUAUGAUGUAAAUCAGUUUGCAAGGGGUUUCUCAAAAAUUGAUUUACAUUCUAAGGGUAGUGUGCGGCCUGUCAUACCUUGGAAACCAUCUCAAGGAACGACUUUGAAAUUCAAUGUGGAUGGUUCUUUCCAAUCAGGAAAAGCAGGCAUUGGGGGGAUUCUGAGGAACAAUGCGAGGAAGGUGAUUGGGAAAUUUUCUAGAAAGGUGGAGGUAAGACGAGCGGAUGAGGCGGAGGUUUUGGCAAUCUUGUAUGCCUUAUUAUUUUAUCAGCAGUUCAUGGUAUGCUCGGUAGAAAUUGAGAUUGACUCAAGUCUUGUUGUGGAUUGGGGCCACAAGCUAAGGGAGAGUUUGGCUGUGGAAUUUUUCGGCCCAAUUUUGCAGCUGAUUUAUGUUCUGAUGUUUGCUGCUGCUGCUGUUGUUGUUUUUGCUGUCUGUUUUGCUGAUUGUUGUUGUUGCUGUUUUGUCUGGCUGCUGUUUCUGGUUGCUGUUUCGCCUGGAUUCUGUCUCUGA